GGUAUCUUAUUUCGAGAUAUCUUUCCAAUUUUUCAAGACCCAAAAGCAAUUGAGAUGCUUGUAAGUCAUGUCGUAGAUCAUAUUAAUGCAACUAUUAAAGAAAAGGUUGAUGUUAUUGUUGGUCUUGAUGCACGAGGAUUCUUAUUUGGGCCAAUGGUUGCAUUAAGGUUAAAUGCUGCUUUUGUACCUUCUAGAAAGAAAGGAAAGUUACCGGGAAAAACAUUGAGUGCUGAUUUUAAGAAGGAGUACG